ACAAAAACACUGCCAUAGUUGGUCGACAAGAAGUAGAAAUGGACAGAAUAUUAAGGGGCAUAAUGAAGUAUCGCCACACGGAUCGGAAGACAAUGGUCGCGCAGUUCGAGAAAGUGCGGGAUCAUCCGGAGCCAAAAGCUGUUUUCUUCACGUGCAUGGACAGUAGAAUGAUUCCAACGAGAUUCACGGAAACCAAUGUUGGUGACAUGUUUGUUGUGCGGAAUGCCGGCAACCUGAUACCCCACUCGCAGCAUUUCCUGGACGAGAUCACGACCACGGAGCCCGCCGCCCUGGAGCUGGGCUGCAUCGUCAAUGACAUUCGGCACAUCAUCGUGUGCGGCCACUCGGACUGCAAGAAGCGCUGUGUUGCGAGGGCAGGCGAUGAACCUGCUCCACGCGCUGCGGGACGAGCAGUUCUCGUCGCAGGAGAACCGGCGCAUCUCGCCGCUGCGGGCGUGGCUGUGCGCGCACGCCAGCUCGUCGCUCGACAAGUACUCGCAGCUCGAGGCGGCGGGCUUCCACGCCCCGCUCACCUUCCAGGCGGAGACCCCCAUGAGGCGGUUCGUGGCCUACAUCGACCCCGAGGACAGGUUCGCCGUCUCCGACAAGCUGUCGCAGAUCAACUGCCUGCAGCAGCUGCAGAACAUCGCGAGCUACGGCUUCCUGAAGAGGCGGCUGGAGCGGCACCAGCUGCACAUCCACGCGCUCUGGUUCGACAUCUACACGGGCAACAUCUACUACUUCAGCCGCCAGGGCAAGCGGUUCGUCGAGAUCAGCGAGGACACCAUCAAGCAGCUCCUGCUCGAGGUCAAGACCUACUACUCGUGACGCCCCCGCCCCCGCGACGCCGGUCGCAGUCGAGCCGGACCGGGAACACAAUCACCUCACGUUACCAGGACAUUGUCCGUUCUUGCCUUAUCCAGUUGUUUGCACACAGCAGAAACACACUGAUGUUGAAGAAUGCAACCUCUUUCGUCAAUUCUUACUAAUUUUUAGUUACUAUUAUAAGAAACUUCAACAAAAAUUAAUGUGCAAAAACCUUGUGCAGUUUUAAUUUUAUGAUACUAAUACCUACAAAUAAUUUAAUAUGUCAAGUCAUUUGUUUAUAAAUUUUUUUUUGUUAUUUUAAUUUCCAUCAUUUGUUUUACUAAUGUUUUGAUGUACCUUUAGAGGUUGCUUAACUUCACCGUCAGUACGUUGCAUUGGCACGGAGCCCGUAAGCAUGCAUUUUUUUUAGUUGAGUGAGUCAAAGUGAUGUUUAGUAGUUAGGGUGGAAUAUUUUUUAUUGUUAAGAAUUUGAGCCCUUUUUCCAAACAAUGAUCUACGCUUUUUCUAAGCCUAAAGGAAAUAAAAUUGAAAGACUCCUCAAAUGUAACAUAUUAGUUUCGGCAUAUUUGCCUCUUCAGUCUCAGGGAAAGUCAAUGCAAUAGGGCAUAAAUGCUUGUAGCUCAGCAUUCAUAAUUCAAAUUCAGUGUGAGUCACUGACUGACUCAUCUAUACACAUUUUAACCCACUUCAAUACAAGCUAGAAACUUGCAAUUUUGACAGUACAUAUAUAGAUCUUGUCCCAUAACUGAUGGGAAAAUUCCGAAUAGGAGAAAUUUUUUAAAUUUUAAACCCCUGAAAAAAAUGAAAAACUGUGCAUCAUGGCAUAUAGUAUCAUCAAAUUCGGCAGGUUUUAGGCAAUUAGAUGUAUGAAUGUACCUUCUAAAUUUGAUGACUUGCUGCCAUAUACCUAAAAUACAAAAUAAGUAUUUUCCCAAUUAACCGUAUUCAAACUUGUUAAGGAUAUAUAAUAUGUAAAGAUAAAUGAAUUUGAAGUUCAUAAUAAGUGUAAAAUUUCAAGAUGAUCAAUUAUAUUUUUAAUACUUAAGGGGCAUCUAUAAUCAUCAAAUUAGGCAUGAUUUUGAUGAUUGUAAGUUUCAACACACCUGCCAAAUUUCGUAAUUAUUUCCCUUCCAGAAUUAGGUAAAAAAUUUUAAUCACAAAUCUAUACUCAUAUUCAAUAUGUACCAGGUGCGGCAGAAAAACGGGCAAUUUUGAAAGGGCUGUAAAUAUUAAAGACAACGUAACUUCUACCACCUUAAAGGACAUAAAAUGGCAUUUCCAAAUGGGAAUAUUGCAUGGCCCCUAGUUUCACCAGACCUCACUUUCCUAGUGGCAAUAAAUUUAUGAAACAAUGAUUAUAUUUUAUUUUACAGCACUUUCAAAAUUACCAGUUUUUCUGCCGCACCUGUUGUAUAAAAACCUUGCAGGGAUGUGGGGGCACUACCUAGCGAGUAUUUAUAUGUAUACACUCCAACACACAUUCCUUGCAAAAGAUAGUCUUUACUCCUGGAUGUGAAAUUAUUUACACUAACACGAACGUUUGUUUCUGCGGAUGGCACAAGAUGAUUACGGAAAUGCAUAUCUUUUGUUCUCAAUCCAUAAAUUAAUAUAAUCUCGUUUACACAGUCACAAUUGAGUUUGAUUGGAGUAUGAAGUAAACAACCCAUAUAUGUUUCAACAGUUGAUUCCAAUAAUGUUGUUAUGAUAAGUGCAAAUUUACUACAGAUUAUAUGGAAAUAUUUGUUGUAUGUAUUUGAAAAUAUUAAAGUUUUAUAUUUUGUAA